UCGAUCGUUUAAGGGCUUAAGAGCUCGAUGCUUUCAGGUUUCGCUCUUUCCGCUGCGACCAACUCCUCUCCUCGCUCUUUUCUGCCGGCGGCCACCGCCUCCUCUCCUCUCUCUUUUGUGCCGGCGGCCACCGUCUGAGGAAUUGCUUAUAAUGGCGGAUGAAGUUGAAGAAUCGAAGUCAUUUAAAGCGUUGGGAAUCUGUGAGCAGUUGGUGGAGGCUUGCCAUAAUUUGGGUUGGAGAAACCCAUCCAAGAUUCAGGCUGAAGCAAUUCCUCAUGCACUUGAGGGGAAGGACUUGAUUGGGCUGGCACAGACGGGAUCUGGAAAAACUGGCGCUUUUGCUCUUCCUAUACUUCAAGCUUUGUUAGAAGCUACACGUCCACAUGCAUUCUUUGCAUGUGUGCUCUCUCCAACACGGGAACUUGCAAUUCAGAUUGCUGAACAAUUUGAAGCUUUGGGAUGUGGAAUUGGUUUAAAGUGUGCAGUGGUUGUUGGAGGCGUAGACCAUGUUCAACAAGCAAUAGCCCUCGCAAAGCGGCCACAUAUUGUUGUUGGAACACCUGGACGCCUUUUGGAUCAUCUUUCCAAUACAAAGGGGUUUUCUCUUAAUGCAUUGAAAUACUUGGUGUUAGAUGAGGCUGAUAGGUUGCUUAAUGAGGAGUUUGAGAAAGCACUUGAUGAAAUUUUGCAAGUUAUUCCUCGUGAGCGAAAGACAUAUUUAUUUUCUGCUACUAUGACUAAAAAGGUGCGCAAGCUCCAGAGAGCUUGUUUGAGGAACCCUGUUAAGAUUGAGGCCGCAUCUAAAUAUUCCACAGUUGAUACACUGAAGCAACAAUAUUGCUUUGUCCCUGCAAAGUACAAGGAUUGUUAUCUCAUAUAUAUUCUCAUUGAAAUGUCUGGAAAGACAUCAAUUGUUUUUACUCGUACAUGUGAUUCAACUAGACUUAUGGCUUUGAUGCUUCGGAACCUUGGUCUAAGGGCCAUCCCUAUUAGUGGUCAAAUGAGCCAGGCUAAUAGACUUGGAGCUUUAAACAAAUUCAAGGCUGGGGAGUGUAAUAUACUUGUUGCCACUGAUGUGGCAAGUAGAGGGCUUGAUAUUCCAUCUGUUGAUAUGGUUAUUAAUUAUGAUAUUCCCACAAACUCCAAGAAUUAUAUACAUCGAGUAGGAAGAACUGCUCGUGCAGGCAGAUCUGGGGUUGCAAUCUCAUUGGUGAAUCAAUAUGAGUUGGAGUGGUACAUGCAGAUAGAGAAGCUAAUUGGGAAAAAAUUACCUGAAUUUCCUGCUGUAGAAGAAGAAGUUCUUAUGUUGAUGGAGCGUGUCACAGAGGCCAAGAGACUAUCCCUGAUGAAAAUCAAUGAAACCGGAAGAAAGAGGAGAAGAAAGGGCGGAGAUGAUGCCGAGGAGGACACUGACAGAUACCGUCCGCAUCCUGAUAAACCAUCCAAGAAGUCGAAGAAACGAUGACGGCAAUAUCUCACAAAUUUUUGUCUUAAUUUUGAUAUUGAUUCUUAAGUUUAGUUUUUUUCCCCCCUUUUUUUUAGUGUUAGGAAAAUGCUUAAAACUAGGAGUCAAUCGGUAUGUAUUUGAUUGGAGAAUUAUUUACUAACAUUACCAUACACUAGGCCAUAUUCAUUUGUGGAAAACAGUUUUAUUUUCCAUUUCUAAUUUUCUAAAUAAUUACAAAAAUUUCACCAUUUCAGUGUUCCCAUAUUGCAUAGGAAUGUUGAGAAAUCUAUAUAGUUGUUCUUUAGAUUUCCUAUUUAAAUCUUGGAAACUAGAAAAGGGUGACAGUUUUGUAAUUAUUUAGAAAUCUGACAAUGGAAAAUGAAAAUGGUUUUCACUUUUUCUCUUCAGCUAAGCAGAUGCUUUUAACUUUUUUGCAUUAUUUCUGUAUUGUUAUAAUUAUUCCCAUGCCUGUAUUGACGUUCAGGAUGAAACUUCUCCCAAACAUGGUUCUACUGUAAAGCUGUUUUUGAGGGUAUGUAGAUACGGCCACAACUGUUCGAUCAA